AUGAGACAGGAUCCUCGAUAUUUGAACGUCAACGAGCACAUCAAGAUAUGCGGCGAACACUUUGUGAUAGAAGACUACCUGAAUCCUUAUUCAGUGAAAAAACGACUCAAGGACGGUGCAGUUCCUUCAAAUUUUGCGUGGAAUAAAGAUAAAAAUCAUUCUAAGAAAAGACGCUUCUCUUAAGAAAAGCUGUUUACUCACUAUACUGGAUUUAAUUCUCAUGGUGAGUCCAUGAACACGUUUCAGUUUUUAUUGCCAAACCUAGAUAGAAAACUGUUAAUUUACUGGGAUAGUGAAGCAAGAAAAAGUACUGUCACCGAUACAGAAACAAAUGUUUGAUGGUGAUUAUGACGACCCAGAUGAUUUUAACGAUGAAGAGCAAAAUUACAUUAGUUUAAUACCUCCUGCAGCACACAAACUGCCAGUCGAGGAUAAGUACCUUCUUGUACUAAUGAAACUUCGAACGGGUGUAAGCGUCGUUGAUCUGGGAGAAAAAUUUAAUAUUGCCGAGAGUACGGUUAACAAUAUAUUCCUUACCUGGAUAAACUAUCUGUAUGUCACACUUGGAAGCAUUAAAAUAUGGCCACACAGAGAUAUUAUUUUACAAAAACGCACCUGCAGAGUUCUUUGA